AUGGGGGCGUGGCUGACAAGUCUAAAGCAGACACUUGGUCUGCUGCCGGCAGACCGCAAAAUUCGUGUCUUGAUGCUCGGCCUGGACAAUGCGGGGAAGACUUCGAUUCUCUAUCGGCUGCACCUCGGUGAUGUCGUUACCACCGUCCCCACUGUGGGAGUCAACCUAGAAACUCUUCAGUACAAGAAUAUCUCCUUCGAAGUGUGGGACCUUGGUGGCCAAACGGGUGUGCGACCGUACUGGCGUUGCUACUUCAGCGACACAGACGCCGUCAUCUAUGUGGUGGACAGCACUGACAGGGAUCGCAUGGGUAUCGCCAAACACGAAUUGUACGCUCUCCUAGACGAGGACGAGCUCAGAAAGAGUCUCUUGCUCAUAUUCGCCAACAAACAGGAUUUGCCGGAUGCCGCCAGUGAGGCCGAGAUCGCCGAGCAACUUGGGGUUUCGUCCAUUAUGAAUCGCACGUGGACGAUUGUAAAAAGCAGUUCAAAAACAGGUGAGGGCCUUGUCGAGGGCAUGGAUUGGCUCGUGGAGAGGCUUCGUGAGCAAGGGAUCGGUGCUUAG